AUAUAUGCGUGUGUGUAUAGGUUUUUUUUAAUUAAGCAUUCAGUGAUUCAGUAGAGUUGUAGGUUAAUUCUAUUUUAUUUAUGGCCACAUGAUCACAUGUGUAUAAACGUGGGACUGAUGUUAACCUUUCCUCUCUGGCUCGUGGUUGUUUAGGACAGCCUUCACAUGUUUAGAUUGGGGGGUUGCACCUUCUUGAAAAUAAACCUUGAAAAUAAUUUCAGCUUGGUUUGAUUUCAAGAAAAUACAAUCUCUUUAACAGUGCUAGCUAGUUUUCUUUCGUGUUGAGAGUGCCCAAACAGAGGUCGUUAAGUUCACCCUUGCAGCCAGCUGGUGUCCACUCUUCCUUCUUGUUGUUGGCUCUUACCCACUCCCCAAAGAUCAUCCCUGGAGUUCGAACCGAAGGGCGGAUCUGUCGUUGUUCAGAUUAGGAACUGAGAAUUUCUUUGGAUCUUCAAAGUUGUGCUUGAAGCUGUGUUUAAAGGACCAGAAUUGGCAGAGCAGAAGCAGUGGGAUAGAAACCCUCCACAGGGAGGUAAAUGUGUUUAACUGUGAUAAACCAGUAAUGAGCUCAAAGCAGCCCAUGGACAAGCUGUAGUGUGGGGUAGAGCUAGCCCCCUUGUUAUUAUUUACUACUGCUUUUGUGGAAUGUUGCCUGAUGGAUGGUAACACACACAUGAGUUUGGGAAAUAGCCUGCCAUGAUUGGCUGAUCGCUCUCCUUGUGUCAGUGUCGUACAGCGAUGGAGGGACGGCCUCAAAUUUGGCAGCAGCUGUGGGGUGGAAAAGAAGGCAGUGAGAGCUAAGGAGGAUGGCUCACUCUAAAGCUCGAGCCACAGAUGGGAAGGUGACCUACCCUCCGGGGGUCAAGGAGAUCUCUGACAAAAUCUCCAAAGAGGAAAUGGUGCGCCGGCUCAAGAUGGUUGUGAAGACCUUCAUGGACAUGGACCAAGACUCUGAAGAAGAAAAGGAACUUUAUCUGAACUUGGCGCUCCACCUGGCUUCAGACUUUUUUCUCAAACACCCAGACAAAGAUGUGCGUCUGUUAGUGGCUUGUUGUCUCGCGGAUAUAUUCAGGAUCUACGCUCCGGAGGCGCCCUACACCUCUCCAGAUAAACUAAAGGACAUUUUCAUGUUCAUAACGAGACAGCUAAAAGGACUGGAGGACACAAAGAGCGCACAGUUCAACAGAUACUUCUACCUGCUGGAGAACAUAGCUUGGGUCAAGUCCUACAACAUUUGCUUUGAGCUUGAAGAUAGCAACGAGAUCUUCACCCAGCUCUACCGAACGCUCUUCCAGGUCAUAAACAACGGCCACAACCAGAAGGUGCACAUGCAUAUGGUGGACCUGAUGAGCUCCAUCAUCUGUGAGGGAGACACUGUCUCACAGGAGCUGCUGGACACUGUCUUGGUCAACCUGGUCCCUGCGCACAAGAACUUGAAUAAACAAGCCUACGACCUGGCCAAAGCUCUGCUGAAAAGGACCGCUCAAGCUAUUGAGCCUUACAUCACCAAUUUCUUCAACCAGGUGCUGAUGCUGGGGAAGACAUCUGUCAGCGAUCUGUCUGAACACGUCUUUGACCUCAUUUUGGAACUUUACAACAUAGACAGUCACCUGCUGCUCUCUGUUUUGCCGCAACUGGAGUUUAAACUGAAGAGCAACGAUAAUGACGAGAGGCUGCAGGUGGUGAAGCUGCUAGCUAAGAUGUUUGGAGCCAAGGACUCUGAGUUAGCCGCACAGAACAAACCCCUGUGGCAGUGUUACCUGGGCAGGUUUAAUGACAUCCAUGUGCCGAUCAGACUGGAGUGUGUAAAGUUUGCAAGUCAUUGUCUCAUGAACCACCCGGACUUGGCCAAAGACCUCACAGAAUUUUUGAGGGUCCGAUCGCAUGACCCAGAGGAGGCCAUUCGCCAUGAUGUCAUCGUCUCCAUAGUAACUGCUGCUAAAAAAGACUUGUCUCUUGUUAAUGAUGCGUUACUCAACAUCGUAAAGGAGAGAACCCUGGAUAAGCGAUGGCGUGUUCGUAAGGAGGCCAUGAUGGGCCUAGCGUCCAUCUACAGGAAGUACUCGCUGCAGGGUGAAGGUGGCAGAGAAGCCUCCAAACAGAUCUCGUGGAUCAAAGAUAAACUGCUUCAUAUCUACUACCAGAACAGCAUUGAUGACAGGUUGCUGGUGGAGCGGGUUUUUGCUCAGUACAUGGUUCCCUUCAACCUGGAAACAACUGAGAGAAUGAAGUGUCUUUACUAUCUUUACGCUACACUAGACACAAAUGCUGUCAAAGCUUUGAAUGAGAUGUGGAAAUGCCAGAACAUGUUGAGACACCACGUCAAAGACCUGCUGGACCUGGCGAAGAAACCCAAGUCUGAAGCGUCUAACAAGGCUGUGUUUGCCAAAGUCAUGGUGAUCACAAGGAACCUUCCGGACCCGGGAAAAGCGCAAGACUUUGUGAAGAAGCUGGCUCAGGUCCUGGAUGAUGAUGAGCGGAUCAGAGAUCAGUUAGAGACAUUGGUCAGCCCCUCCUGCUCUUGUAAGCAGGCUGAAGUCUGUGUAAAAGACAUCACUAAAAAGCUCGGCAGCCCCAAACAGCCCAGUAAUCCCUUCCUGGAGAUGGUAAAGUUCCUGCUGGAGAGGAUUGCUCCGGUGCACAUCGACACAGAGUCCAUCAGCGCUCUGAUAAAACAAGUUAACAAAUCAAUUGACGGAACAGCUGAUGAUGAGGAGGAGGGCGUGCCCACCGAAGAGGCCAUUAGAGCCGGACUAGAACUGUUGAAGGUGCUGUCGUUCACCCACCCGGUCUCUUUCCACUCUGCAGAGACAUUCGAGUCUUUGCUGGGCUGUCUAAAAAUGGAUGAUGAGAAGGUGGCUGAGGCGGCGCUGCAGAUCUUCAAGAACACCGGCAGCAAGAUGGAGGAGAGUUUUCCUCACAUCAAAUCUGUUUUACUGCCAGUACUACAAUCCAAAGCUAAAAGAGGGCCCCCUCGCCAGGCCAAGUACGCCAUCCACUGCAUCAACGCAAUGUUCACUAACAGAGACACCCACUUUGCUCAGAUCUUUGAGCCUCUACACAAGAGUCUGGACCCUGCUAAUCUGGAGCAGCUCAUCACUCCUUUGACCACCCUGGGUCAUCUGGCCCAGCUGGCCCCAGAACAGUUUGCUGCACCGCUCAAAUCUCUCGUCGCCAACUUUAUUGUGAAGGAUCUCCUCAUGAAUGACCGAGUCCCUGGCAAGAAGACAACCAAACUUUGGGUACCAGAUGAGGAAGUGUCCCCUGAGACUAUGGCUAAGAUCCAAGGCAUUAAGCUGAUGGUGAGGUGGCUGCUGGGAGUUAAAAACAAUCAGAGCAAAUCAGGCAACUCCACCCUGAGGAUGCUGACCGCCAUUCUGCACAGUGAUGGAGAUCUGACUGAGCAGGGCAGGAUGGGUAAACCAGACAUGUCCAGGCUACGUCUGGCAGCAGCGUGCGCUCUGCUAAAGCUAGCACAAGAACCCUGUUAUCACGAAAUUGUCACUCUGGAGCAAUAUCAACUUUGUGCUCUCGUCAUCAACGACGAGUGCUACCAGGUGCGACAGUGUUUUGCCCAGAAGCUCCACCGAGGUCUGUGCCGUCUUCGUUUGCCGCUGGAGUACAUGGCGAUCUUUGCUUUGUGUGCCAAGGACCCCGUGAAGGAGAGGCGGGCUCACGCUCGCCAGUGCCUGGUGAAAAACGUCAACAUACGGCGAGAGUAUCUGAAACAGCACGCAGCCAUCAGUGACAAGCUGUUGUCUCUGCUGCCGGAGUACGUAGUUCCCUACACCAUCCACCUUCUGGCACACGACCCAGAUUACGUCAAAGUGCAGGACAUCGAGCAGCUGAAGGAAAUCAAAGAGGCUCUGUGGUUCGUUUUGGAGAUCAUCAUGGCCAAGAAUGAAAACAACAGCCACGCUUUCAUCAGAAAAAUGGUUGAGAACAUCAAGCAGACAAAGGACGCCCAAUGCUCCACCGAUCCCAAAAUUAAUGAGAAACUGUACACCGUGUGUGAUGUAGCCAUGAACAUCAUCAUGUCAAAGAGCACCACCUACAGCCUGGAGUCCCCAAAAGACCCGGUGCUGCCCUCGCGCUUCUUCACCAAACCAGACAAGAAUUUCAGCAACACAAAAAAUUAUCUCCCGCCUGAGAUGAAAGCGUUCUUUACACCAGGAAAGCCCAAGUCAGCCAACGUUUUAGGCGCGGUGAACAAGCCGCUGUCGUCGGCGGGUAAACAGCUGCAGGGUAAAGCCUCUCGCAUGGAAACGACCAGCAACAACGACUCCUCGUCCAAUCCGGGAUCGCCACAACGCAGCAAGGCCAGACUCGACAGCACCGAGAUGGAUCAUAGUGAAAACGAAGACUUUGGUCUAAAAAGGUCUGACAGUGUUGACAAGGAAAUCGAAAAGCCUCGCGGUCGCAAGCGAGGCGUAGCGUCCAGCGACGACCAGGAGAGCAAACCGAAGCGCGGACGCAAACGGGCGUCCGCCAACACAACUUCAGCGGUGGACUCGGAGGACCAGUGGGAUGAGGACGCCCGACCUGAGGAUGAACAGAACAGCCCACCGAAGAAAGGCCGUAGAGGACGACCCCCGAAGUCCGCUUCUGCCAACCAGGACACGCCCGCCAAAGGGAGGAGGGGGCGGAAAAAGGCAGCUCCUCCCCCCGAGGAAGAGGAGGAAGAGGAGGAGGAAGAAGAAAGAGGAGACGAGGAGGCAGAAGAUGACGACGACGAAGGUGACGACAAGAGCAGUGAAAACAUGGAGGUGAAGACUAAGGGAGGACAGCAAGCCAGGGCGCCACGGCGAUCACAAGGCUCGGAGUCAACAGAGUCCACGCCACAGAAGAGGAGAGGACGUCCGCCUAAAUCAGCUCAACCAGCCGCCAAGAAACCAGCGCGCGGUGGACGAUCGAAAGCAGCCGCUGUUAAAGAUGACUCUGAUGAGGAGGAGGAAGAGGAGGAAGAGGAGCAGGAAGAAGAGCCAACACCAAGGGGUCGUAAGAAGACAGCAGGACGCAGAAGAUGAGCUUUGGAGUAAAAUUUAAAAAACAAAACACAACGAUUCUUCUGUCGUCAAGGAAACCGUUUCAGGAAAGGAAAAAAAACCCAUGAACUUUGAACUUUUUAAACUUUUCAUAUGCCGAUGUUCCCGCUGUUACACACUUGCAUUUACCACAUGCACACCACAUCAGAGCGUCCGCAUGGUCAGCUGUGGCUCGUCGCUUCGUGUUGCAUUGUGAUCAUGUUCGCCACGUUAGGUAGAACUCAUCUUAACAUGAAAAACAAAAACAAUAUGGUUUGUAAAUAGUCUCCUCUGUCUGUUUGUUGUUCUGUUGUUGUGUUUGAUGCUGACUGGGGAGGUGCUGUAAAGCCUUUUGGGUUCUGCCGUUAUUAUUAAAAGCUAAAAAAAAAAAAAGACCGAUCACCAUCAACUUUUUCUGUGUUAAUUGUGUCAUUUUACCUUUUAUUGGAAUGAUUUUGUUUACACCUCUGUAUAUUAAAACAUUUCUUCUUCUUUUUUACCAUUAUUGAAAACUUUAAAAACAAACAAAAAAAAACAAUUGUAGAGUUGCUUCUGGUUAUGACUGUAGUGUGCAUCUGAUUUAUUUGGUUAGAUUUGUACUCACUGCUAGAGGAACGUCGUUUGUGUCACUGCUGGUUAAUUUGGCUUCACAUCCACCCAGUCAGACCCUCUGUUGUAACAAUAUAAUUCUCUAUAAAACCAGA